ACGGAGAGCGAUAAGGCACCUCUAAGCUUAAAAGUCACAUGCGCUAUAACUUCUGCCCUUCUGCAUCCUACCUCAUUGUCCUCAACACAAAUGAUUCCCAUCAUCGAGUUGCCUCAAGAAAAUUAAAACCCUUCUCACUGGGGUUCUCACAAGGCCUUGUUGACUACGAAAGGUACCUGCGCUGCCUCUCUGUCGUCACUGGGGGGUGCGCGAGGGGCAUGUACCACACCUCUGCACCACUCGCGCUUGUACCCUUUUUUCCCAAUUGACUCCACAUUUUCUUUGUCCUUUGUUCGCGAUCUUGCUUUGCUUUUCCAUCUCUCUACUUUCCAUCUCUUCUUCUCACUUCAUCUUCUCGCAUAUUUUUGUGCUUUUUGUGCAAACGGCGCGCGUUUCCUUUCCUUCUUUCUUCCCAUCUAUACAUCUCC